AGUUGCUAUAAUGGAAGUCAAAGGGAAAAAAAAAAUCACAGGAAAAGGUACAAAGCCAUCACAAGAAAAAAACAGAUUUCAUAAAAACAGUGAUUCUGGUUCUUCAAAGACAUUCCCAAAAAAAGUUGUUAAGGAAGGUGGACCUAAAAUCACAACUAAGAACUUUGAGAAAACUGCCACAAAACCUGGGAAAAAAGGUGUGAAGCAGUUCAAGAAUAAGCAGCAAGGGGAUAAAAUACCAAAGAACAAAUUCCAGCAGGCAGAUAAAUUCAACAGGAAGAGAAAAUUCCAGCCAGACAGUAAAAAUGAUGGCACAGCAGUCAAGAAACCCAAAUGGGAUGAGUUCAAAAAAAAGAAAAAAGAACUGAAGCAGAGCAGGCAACUCAGUGAUAAAACCAACUACGACAUUGUUGUUCGGGCGAAGCAGAUCUGGGAGAUCUUAAGAAGAAAAGAUUGUGACAAAGAAAAAAGAGUGAAGUUGAUGAAUGAUUUGCAGAAGUUGAUUCAAGGGAAAAUUAAAACUAUUGCAUUUGCACAUGAUUCAACUCGUGUGAUCCAGUGUUACAUUCAGUAUGGCAACGAAGAGCAGAGGAAACAGGCUUUUGAAGAACUGCGAGGUGAUUUGGUUGAAUUAAGUAAAGCUAAAUAUUCCAGAAAUAUUGUUAAGAAGUUUCUCAUGUAUGGAGAAGCUGUGAUUAAGCACUCACUGGUACAUAAAGUAUUCUUGGACUUUUUUACCUAUGCACCCCCAAAGCUGAGAUCAGAAGUGAUUGAAGCCAUCCGAGAAGCAGUGGUAUACCUGGCGCACACACACGAUGGCGCCAGGGUGGCCAUGCACUGCCUGUGGCACGGCACGCCCAAGGACAGGAAAGUGAUUGUGAAAACAAUGAAGACUUAUGUUGAAAAGGUGGCUAAUGGCCAAUACUCCCACUUGGUUUUAUUGGCGGCGUUUGACUGUAUUGAUGAUACUAAGCUUGUGAAGCAGAUAAUCAUAUCAGAAAUUAUUAAUUCCUUGCCUAACAUAGUAAAUGACAAAUAUGGAAGGAAGGUCCUGUUGUAUUUACUAAGCCCCAGAGAUCCUGCACACACGGUAAGAGAGAUCAUUGAAGUUCUGCAGAAAGGAGACGGUAACGCACACAGUAAGAAAGAUACAGAGAUCCGCCAACGAGAACUGUUAGAAUCCAUUUCUCCAGCUUUGCUAAGCUACCUGCAAGGACACGCCCAAGAGGUGGUGCUGGAUAAGUCUGCGUGUGUGCUUGUGGCUGACAUCCUGGGAGCUGCCAUUGGAGAUGUGCAGCCCGCCAUGAAUGCCGUCGCCAGUUUGGCAGCGGCAGAGCUGCAUCCUGGUGGCAAGGAUGGAGAGCUUCACGUUGCAGAACAUCCUGCAGGACAUCUAGUUCUGAAGUGGUUAAUAGAGCAAGAUAGAAAGAUGAAAGAAAGUGGACGAGAAGGUUGUUUUGCAAAAACACUCGUAGAGCUUGUUGGUAUGAAGAACCUGAAGUCCUGGGCUAGUGUCAAUCGAGGAGCCAUUAUUCUUUCCAGCCUUCUCCAGAGCUCUGAUCAAGAUGUUGCAAAUAAAGUCAAAGCUGGAUUGAAAAGCCUUAUUCCCACAUUGGAAAAAAGCAAAAACACCAGCAAAGGAAUAGAAAUGCUACUUGAAAAACUGACUGCCUAGGUAGAAACUGUUAAGAACAAGUUGGAGUCAUUUUUCCUCUUCUGUUUUCCCAGUACAGAAAAGAAGGGCUAGGGUCCAUCUUACUGGUAAUUUGGGUGCUCUGUAUAUGUGUUUCUUCUUUGUAUAAGAAUCUAUUGAUAAAAUGAUUUCUAAAAAUGGCCUUUGUAAGAAAAAAAUCUCAGCCUUCUCUUUUAUCAUAUUGAAUAGUAAGCAAAUUACAAUGUAAAAUGUUUAACAGUCAUGCACAGUGAGACCAACCAAAUUUAUAUAAAAUAGUUGUGUGCAUUGAUUCAGGGGAGAAGACAUCUUCAGUGAACAGUAGUCUGAGAGGGCUUCAUGGAGGAGGAGGAACCUGAGAGUUUCCUGCUUCAGAGGAAGGCAGGAUGUGGUAAAAGAGAGCCACGGGGAGUCCUUGGUGGGAGCAGUGAGGUGGCAGUCAAUGGUUUUGAACUGAACUUCAGGAAGGCUUGGGGCUUGUUGGGUACAGUCAUGGGGAUACUCUGCAUCCAGGACAGCUGCAUUCCUAUCUGCCUUAUGGAUUGGGUGCCAUGUUAGAUUUUAUUUGAAACAAGCCACUCCAGGAAGUUAAGAUUUUUAGGAGGAAAUGUGCUGAAUGAAUUAGGGGAUCAUAGUGGGUAGCAGUGUUAAGGUCAUUGUCACAGGAGAAAUCUUCCUGUCUUUGAAACUGGGCCUUCCCAGUAAAUAGCUCCUUGUAGUGAGACUUUCUCUCUUGGGACUUUCCCUAAAGUAGUUGAGGCCUACAGGGUUUGAGUUAGAAG